AGAUGUGCUUACCAACAAAAAGAAAAAGAGAUGCAGAUGAUGCCAAGUUGUAUACUGAAUGGAUGCCGGUGUUAAAUACCGAUGAUUUAGAUUUAAAUUCCAUCAGAGCUUUUUUUUCCUAAUUUUAAAAGAGAGAAGAAAAGGAAAAAGAAGGGAUUAGAGAGAUCUAUAAUUUGCAAAAAUUUCGUAGCUGCUCGAAUGGACGCGCCGCGUGGAUUUACCAUGUGACGUGAUGUUGCCAAACGGGUAAUGGUUUCCCGAGAGGGGAGUAGGGCUCCCCCUGAUCCACUGUGCCUUCGCCGCUUCGGACGCACGCCGCGGCCGCCCUCUUUCCUUAUCGUUCGUCGGUCACGCUUCCCUUCUCUUUGCUCUGCGCGCGAAUAUUUUCCGACCACUCUCUCCAUCUUUCUGGCCACACGUCGAACACCAUGAUGCUGUCGCUCGCCCGAAAGCUCUCACCUCCGAGGCCAACCAAGCUUCCCCUGCACCCUCUCUAUUUCUUCUCUUCACUCUCAGCCUCUCAGUCAAAUCACUUCUCCUCUUCCUCUCCAUCACCAUCACCGCCCCCUAAACCCUGCCAAAGCUCUCCUCUCCUCGCCAUCCUCCGUUCCUUCUCCUCCUCCUGCUCCCAGUCUCCAACCGCAUCCUCCCAUCCCCUCCCUCCCCUCUCGGCCCUCCGCGGCGGAUGCUACGAGGAGGACUCCGGCGGCGCCCCUCCCUCGCUCCCCCUCUGCCCCGGCUGCGGGGUGCACAUGCAGGACUCCGACCCCUCCCUUCCGGGCUUCUUCUCCCGCCCUUCCCCAAAAUCCCCUGACUAUCACGCCCCUCUCGACCGCCGCCGUCUCCUCGCCCCGGACGACCCCCACACCUCCCUCUCCCUCAAAGCCGGCCUCAUUCCCCUCCAACAGGACAACCCCACCUCGCCGGAACCAAAACCUAACCCGGAAAUAAAGACCCUCGUCUGCGCUCGAUGCCACUCUCUCCGACAUUACGGCCACGUCAAGCACCCCGCCGCCGAGAACCUCCUCCCGGACUUCGACUUCGACCGCAUGGUCGGCCCCAAGAUGGUGUCCCCCUCCGGCCCCCGCUCAGUCGUCCUCAUGGUCGUCGACGCCGCCGACUUCGACGGCUCGUUCCCCCGCAAGGUCGCCCGCCUCGUUUCCGCCUCCAUCGACAUGAACUCGCGGGCAUGGAAGGAGGGGAAGCCCGCCAACGUGCCCCGGGUUUUGCUCGUGGCUACCAAGAUCGACCUGCUGCCCACCUCAGUGUCGCCGGAGGAGCUAGAGGACUGGGUCCGGAAGCGGGCCCGGGUGGGGGGAGCCAACAAGGUCGCCGGGGUGCAUUUGGUGAGCGCAGUGAGGAAUUGGGGGGUGAGGAAUCUGGUGGACCAUGUGGCGGAGCUCGCCGGUAGCCGGGGGAAUGUGUGGGCCGUCGGGGCUCAGAACGCCGGCAAGUCUACAUUGAUCAAUGCGAUGGGUAGGUGUGUUGGUGCCAAAUUGAGCCACUUGACGGAGGCUCCUGUUCCGGGAACUACGCUGGGGAUCGUGAGGGUGGAGGGGGUUCUUAGCGGGCAGGCAAAGCUCUUUGACACGCCUGGGAUUUUGCAUCCGUACCAGAUUAUAACGAGGUUGACGACGGAAGAGCAGAAACUGGUGCAUAUAAGCAAAGAAAUGAGGCCGAGAACUUACCGAAUCAUGGUGGGUCAUUCUGUUCAUCUUGGUGGGCUUAUGAGGCUAGAUGUUGACGAAUCAUCAGUGGAGACUAUUUAUGUCACGGUAUGGGCAUCACCACUUCUUCCGCUUCACAUGGGGAAGACAGAGAAUGCAUCUGCAAUGAUAGAAGAUCACUUUGGUCGGCAACUCCAGCCACCUAUUGGUGAUAAACGGGCCAGUGAACUUGGAAAGUGGGUGAGAAAGGAAUUUAAUGUUAAAGGGAACAGUUGGGAUGCCAGUUCUGUUGAUAUAGCAGCUGCUGGUCUUGGUUGGUUUGGCAUUGGACUGAAGGGAGAGGCUGUUUUAGGUGUUUGGACGUAUGAUGGGAUUGAUGUUGUAUCCCGUGACUCAUUGAUCUCUAAACGAGCACUGAUCUUUGAAGAAGCAGGAUUUACAGUUUCGAAGAUCGUAUCUCUGGCUGACAGUGCACAAAAUAAGCUGAAGCACAACAAAGCUGAGAAGAAAAAGCAUGCUAAUAAAGUAGAACCGGCAGAUGACUCAACAUCCGUAUGUGAAGCAGCCAUCGGUGCUUAAUUUUUGUUUAGUGAUAGAGUUACAGAAUGACAGUUGGAUAAACAGUUACCCAUUGCUUUUAAGGAAGUUUUCCUGAAUAUGAUGGUCAGAUCGUAAGUUUCAAUGAAAAAAAGAUGAUGAGAUCAUAAGAGAGGAAUUUGCUUAUGAUCUCUGGCAUUGGUUUUUGAAGUGAAGAGGUUGAAUAGAUGAAUGCGUUUCUUGUAACUGAUCAAAAUAUGUCCGCAUUAAAUAUUUGUUGUAAGCCUUUUGAUAUUUGCCAUAUCUACGUUGUAUAGGAAUAUUGAUUUAUAGAAAAUUUUUCUAGAGUUAAAAAUGAGUGAGAAAAAUUUUUUUUAUA